GUGCUGGAGAGGGGGGCCACGGGGUCUGGAGAUCCCGGGCGGCGGACCGGAGCCCUCCCCCCGCCCCGCCUCCGGGGCACCAGCUUCGGCUCCAUUGUUCCCGCCCGGGCCGGAGGCGCCGAGCUCCGAGCGCCACUGGGAGUCGAGCGCCGGCCGUGGGGCUCUCGCGGCCCCGCCAGGACCCGAGCGGAGCCCGGGGGCGGCGGGCCGGAGCCGGGGACGCGGGCGCCCGCCCGCCCGCACAAGCCACGGCGGACCCUCCAGAGGCGGAACCGCAGCGCCGAGUGAGAGUCAGCUUGCACGGGAGGGUCAAGCCCACGGCAGAGUCUCCAUGGAGGUGCGGAACCUUGUCACCAACUUCUAACUGCGGAACUGGGAUGUGGAGCUGGAAGUGUCUCCUGUUCUGGGCUGUGCUGGUCACAGCCGCGCUCUGCACUGCCAGGCCAGCGCCAACCUUGCCGGAACAAGCAGCCCAGCCCUGGGGAGCCCCCGUGGAAGUGGAGUCCCUCCUGGUCCACCCCGGUGACCUGCUGCAGCUCCGCUGUCGGCUGCGGGACGAUGUACAGAGCAUCAACUGGCUGCGGGACGGGGUGCAGCUGGUGGAAAGCAACCGCACCCGCAUCACGGGGGAGGAGGUGGAGGUGCGGGGUUCCGUGCCCGCCGACUCCGGCCUCUACGCCUGUGUGACCAGCAGCCCCUCGGGCAGCGAUACCACCUACUUCUCCGUCAACGUCUCAGAUGCUCUCCCCUCCUCGGAGGACGAUGAUGAUGAUGAUGACUCCUCUUCAGAGGAGAAAGAGACAGAUAACACCAAACCAAACCGUAUGCCCGUGGCUCCGUAUUGGACGUCGCCAGAAAAGAUGGAAAAGAAACUGCACGCGGUGCCAGCUGCCAAGACAGUGAAGUUCAAAUGCCCUUCCAGUGGGACCCCUAACCCCACGCUGCGCUGGCUGAAAAAUGGCAAAGAAUUCAAGCCUGACCACAGGAUCGGAGGCUACAAGGUCCGUUACGCCACCUGGAGCAUCAUAAUGGACUCCGUGGUGCCUUCUGAUAAGGGCAACUACACCUGCGUCGUGGAGAACGAGUACGGCAGCAUCAACCACACCUACCAGCUCGAUGUCGUGGAGCGGUCCCCUCACCGGCCCAUCCUGCAGGCAGGGUUGCCAGCCAACAAGACAGUGGCCCUGGGCAGCAAUGUGGAGUUCAUGUGUAAGGUGUACAGCGACCCGCAGCCCCAUAUCCAGUGGCUAAAGCACAUCGAGGUGAAUGGGAGUAAGAUUGGUCCGGACAACCUGCCUUAUGUCCAGAUCUUGAAGACGGCCGGAGUUAAUACCACCGACAAAGAGAUGGAGGUGCUGCACUUAAGGAAUGUCUCCUUUGAGGACGCGGGGGAGUAUACAUGCUUGGCGGGUAACUCUAUCGGACUCUCCCAUCACUCUGCAUGGUUGACCGUUCUGGAAGCCCUGGAAGAGAGACCGGCGGUGAUGACCUCGCCCCUGUACCUGGAGAUCAUCAUCUAUUGCACGGGGGCCUUCCUCAUCUCCUGCAUGGUGGGGUCUGUCAUCAUCUAUAAGAUGAAGAGCGGCACCAAGAAGAGUGACUUCCACAGCCAGAUGGCCGUGCACAAGCUGGCCAAGAGCAUCCCUCUGCGCAGACAGGUAACAGUGUCGGCCGACUCCAGCGCAUCCAUGAACUCUGGGGUCCUGCUGGUUCGGCCCUCGCGUCUCUCCUCCAGCGGGACCCCCAUGCUGGCUGGGGUCUCUGAAUACGAGCUUCCCGAAGACCCUCGCUGGGAGCUGCCUCGGGACAGACUGGUUUUAGGCAAACCCCUGGGAGAGGGCUGCUUUGGGCAGGUGGUGUUGGCGGAGGCCAUUGGGCUGGACAAGGACAAACCCAACCGGGUGACCAAAGUGGCUGUGAAGAUGCUGAAGUCGGAUGCAACAGAGAAAGACCUGUCGGACCUGAUCUCCGAAAUGGAGAUGAUGAAGAUGAUCGGGAAGCACAAGAAUAUCAUCAACCUGCUGGGGGCCUGCACGCAGGACGGCCCCCUGUAUGUCAUCGUGGAGUACGCCUCCAAGGGCAACCUCCGAGAGUACCUGCAGGCCCGGAGGCCGCCGGGGCUGGAGUACUGCUACAACCCCAGCCGUCAUCCCGAGGAGCAGCUGUCCUCCAAGGACCUGGUAUCCUGCGCCUAUCAGGUGGCCCGAGGCAUGGAGUAUCUCGCCUCCAAGAAGUGCAUACACCGAGACCUGGCCGCCAGGAACGUGCUGGUGACGGAGGACAACGUGAUGAAGAUCGCGGACUUUGGCCUCGCUCGUGACAUCCACCACAUCGACUACUAUAAGAAGACGACCAACGGCCGACUGCCUGUCAAGUGGAUGGCACCCGAGGCCUUGUUUGACCGGAUCUACACCCACCAGAGCGACGUGUGGUCUUUUGGGGUGCUUCUGUGGGAAAUCUUCACUCUGGGCGGCUCCCCGUACCCUGGCGUCCCCGUGGAGGAGCUUUUCAAGCUGCUGAAGGAGGGUCAUCGUAUGGACAAGCCCAGUAACUGCACCAAUGAGCUGUACAUGAUGAUGCGAGACUGCUGGCACGCGGUACCCUCUCAAAGACCUACCUUCAAGCAGCUGGUGGAAGACCUGGACCGCAUCGUGGCCUUGACCUCCAACCAGGAGUACCUGGACCUAUCAAUGCCCCUGGACCAGUACUCCCCCAGCUUCCCCGACACCCGCAGCUCUACCUGCUCCUCUGGGGAGGAUUCCGUCUUCUCUCACGAGCCCUUGCCCGAGGAGCCCUGUCUGCCCCGACACCCGGCCCAGCUGGCCAAUGGCGGACUCAAACGGCGCUGACUAGCACCCCGCACCCCUCCCCGGACUCCAUCCUCAGCUACGGCCCCGGCCCCACUCCCGCUGGACUCACCGCCUCCUUCCUGCCCUUCCUGCUGGCAGGAGCCAGCUGUCUCCCUGAGGCCGUCGCCCCCGAGCUCCCCUCUCCUCCUCCUCCUCCUCCUCCUCCUCCCAGCCUGCCGCUGAGACAGAGGAGCAGGGAGGCGGGGACUUGCUGAUGGCCACUUGGUUCCGUCCCACAUGUUGGACCGAGACCCCUCCCAGCCGCCUGGCCCUGCCUGGAGGGUCAGGCAGUGGGGGGACGAGCACGCGAGGCAGAGCCGGCCGAGCUUCUCUGUGUUGGUUUUGUCUGCUCCACGCAGCCUGUGUUCCCGCGGCAGGUGCCUGGUCCUCGGGCUACAGCAGGAGUGAGGGGGGUUGGUCAGCACUCGGGCCUCCGUGGAAGGCGACCUCUGCUCCAGAUGGAUGGUGCCAGUGGCUUAUUAAUUCCGAUACUAAUUUGCUUUGCUGACCAAAUACCUGGUACCAGAGGAUGGGGACGCCAAGGCUGGGAGCAGUGUUGUGGCCCUGGGGCCCAGCCCCAAAGCAGGGGCUUUGUACAUAGCUAUGAAGAAAACACAAAGUGUAUAAAUCUGAGUAUAUAUUUACAUGUCUUUUUAAAAGGGUCGUUACCAGAGAUUUACCCAUUGGGUAAGAUGCUCCUGGUGGCUGGGGGGCAUCAGUUGCUCUAUGUUAAAAACAAAGAAAAAAGAAAAAAAAAAGGAAAAUGUUUUUAAAAAGGUCAUAUAUUUUUUGCUACUUUUGCUGUUUUAUUUUUUUAAAUUAUGUUCUAAACCUAUUUUCAGUUUAGGUCCCUCAAUAAAAAUUGCUGCUGCUUCAUUUUUAUACGGGCUGUGUGACACGGGAGAGAACGUCAGCUGCAGAGGAGCAAGGCUGACGGGCUCUGGGGCUGUCUGUGGUCCCCACUCCCAGCCGGCUCUUCCCCUCAGGUCCUGCACUGAGGCCUCCGGACAAGCCUCCUAGCUCUGCGAUGCUUUCGGAAAGGCACGGAAGGAAGACGGCUGCGUGAUGGGCAGGGAGCAGAGAAGCUGGGCCUGGGGCCAGGCCCUGCGGCCCUCUCCACCACGGACCGUUUCCUCGGGGGAGAGGGUGAGGCCAGGUGGGGGUCUGAGGGUCAGACAGGGAGCUGGGGGCCGACCUCAGAAGAGCCAGCAAGUAGGCUAAGCGUGAUUCGACGAGGGCCUGCAGGCACUGAGACCCAGAUGCGGGCUGCCCCUCUGUGUGGGUGUGGCUUUGCCCGUGCUUCUGUGUGAGGGAGGACUCGGUCCCCUGAGACGAGCUUUACCUUCAGGCCCCUUGCUUCAUGUUUCUUGUCUCCCAGGCUAUUCUGUGUCCGUGAUUCCCCCUCCCCCCUGCCCACUCCACGCUUCCUGAAUUCGUGUGAUCAGACUGCGUGUGUUGGGACGAUCGCACACCUUGGCUUCCUGUGGUUCUUCCUAUACAAACUCCACCCCAGCCCCCAGGAAAGGGAGAACGUUGUCUGAAUGUUUGUGCUCUGGCUGCUUGGACGUGUUCUUCCUCCACCACCUGCUGGUUAGUACUGCCCUCACCAAGUAGGUCCUGGCUCCUUGGCACCUCCGUGCUCAGCCUGCUGGUACUCGGCUUCUACCCCCAGAUCUUGCUCUUUGCUGGAUUCCUUCUGAGUGCAAAAGGAAGUCCAGCACGCUUUCAUUCCUGUCGGGAGAAUGGGCUUGCUCCUGAAGUUUCCUUUCUGAGCUACUUCUUGGCAGCUGCAGUGCUGGCCACUGUUGUAAAGUCCUCUCUUCUCCUGGGUCUCCUCUGUGAAUGAAUAUGCAACUGUCAACAUAUCGUGAUUUGUGUUUAUGUUUAAAGAAGGCAUAUGUUGGCAGAGCCAGGAAAUGAAUUUUAGCACUUAAAAAACCAUUUGCCUGA